GAUGGAGGACGGGGGGAUCCGAGCCGGGAAGGGCAAGGCAGCGCAGGGCGUGCUGCCGUGCCGAGCCGGGUAAGGAAUCCUCUCCGGACCUGCAGCCCCUGAGCCGAGCGGUGGAAACGAGCUCUCCGUGCUCCUCUCUGCUGCUUAAAUGCGCCACAUCGCCCCGCUGGCAGGGGGCUGCGGCUCGGAGCAGCGCGGCGAGGGAAGCUGCAGAACAGCAACUGACUGCUUUGCCUGGGAAUGAAUAUAUGCAGACUAGACAGACGUGCAUUGGAGGUGCUUGAUGUUCUUUUGUAUAAAGAUCUUAGGAAACCAAAUGCAAGGACUUUAACCAACUCCAGACUCAGAGAAGGGUGGAAAAUCUCCAACUACUGCGUUUAGUACUGCAAGAAGCCUUCUGAAUCUCCCUAAGCUGGAAUGCUUGCGGCUUUCUCUACAGGAUUAUAAGCUUUGAUAUUCAGAAGAGCAAAACUGAAAAAUGCCAUCUGAGAGGUGCCUGAGCGUUCAGGAAAUGCUGACAGGUCAGAGGCUUUGUCAGUCGAGCUCCCAUAACGAUGCUGUCCUGGCAGCCCUGAACCAGCAAAGAAGUGAUGGCAUACUUUGUGAUAUCACCCUUAUUGCUGAAGAGCAGAAAUUCCAUGCACAUAAGGCAGUCCUGGCAGCCUGUAGUGACUACUUCCGAGCAAUGUUCAGUCUCUGCAUGGUUGAAAGUGAAGCUGAUGAGGUGAAUUUGCAUGGUGUCACAAGCCUAGGUUUAAAACAAGCCCUGGACUUUGCAUAUACUGGACAGAUCCUUUUGGAGCCAGGGGUGAUACAGGAUGUGCUAGCAGCUGGAAGUCAUUUACAGCUGCUGGAGCUUCUCAGUUUAUGUUCUCACUAUCUCAUUCAGGAAUUAAAUAGUUUUAAUUACUUGGACCUGUAUAAGCUUGCGGACCUCUUCAACCUCACUUUGUUGGAGAAUGCAGUGGUUGACUUCUUAGUAAAACAUCUCUCUGAGCUAUUGAAGAAUCAUCCUGAAGAAGUCCUGGCACUCCCAUACUGUCUUCUUCGAGAGGUUUUCAAAAGUGAUAGACUCACUUCACUCAGUGAAGAACAAAUCUGGCAGCUGGCCGUGAGGUGGUUGGAGCACAACUGCCGCUACCAGUACAUGGAUGAGCUUCUCCAGUAUGUCCGCUUUGGCCUUAUGGACGUGGAUACUCUGCAUACGGUAGCUCUUUCUCAUCCUCUUGUCCAAGCCAGUGAAACUGCGACAGCACUUGUUAAUGAGGCCUUGGCUUACCACCAGAGCAUCUAUGCACAGCGUUGGCAAACCAGAAGGACAAAACCUCGCUUCCAGUCAGACACUCUUUACAUUAUUGGUGGGAAAAAGCGUGAAGUCUGUAAAGUGAAGGAGUUGCGAUACUUCAACCCGGUUGAUCAAGAGAACGUUCACAUCGCGGGGAUCGCAAACUGGAGUGAGCUAGCACCCAUGCCGGUAGGGAGAAGUCACCACUGUGUGGCUGUCAUGGGAGACUUCCUUUUUGUAGCUGGUGGAGAGGCUGAGCACUCCACUGGCCGCACCUGUGCGGUGAGAACUGCCUGCCGCUAUGACCCCCGCACCAACUCGUGGGCCGAGAUAGCUCCGAUGAAGAACUCGGAGCACUUUGUGCUGGGAGCAGUAGACGAGUACCUCUAUGCAGGGGGCAGAAAUGAGUUGCGCCAAGUUCUGCCUACCGUGGAGUGCUACUGCCCCAAGAAGAACAAGUGGACCUUUGUGCAGUCCUUUGAUCGAUCGCUUUCGUGCCAUGCAGGAUAUGUGGUGGAUGGUCUUCUUUGGAUAUCAGGAGGAGUAACAAACACCGCACAGUAUCAGAACAGGCUUAUGGUCUAUGAUCCCAAGCAGAAUAAGUGGUUAAGCCGUAGCCCAAUGCUGCAGAGGAGAGUGUAUCACUCCAUGGCUGCUGUCCAAAGGAAACUGUACGUGUUAGGUGGGAACGACCUGGACUACAACAAUGACCGGAUCCUGGUUCGGCACAUAGACUCUUACAGCAUAGACACUGACCAGUGGACGCGUUGCAGCUUCAACAUGUUGACAGGUCAAAAUGAGUCUGGAGUCGCCGUCCACAAUGGUAGAAUAUAUCUCGUUGGCGGCUAUUCGAUUUGGACAAAUGAGCCUUUGGCAUGUAUCCAGGUGCUGGAUGUUAGCAAGGAAGGGAAGGAAGAAGUUUUCUAUGGGCCUACGCUCCCAUUUGCUUCCAACGGAAUAGCGGCGUGCUUUCUCCCAGCUCCUUACUUCACAUGCCCCAACCUUCAGACUCUGCAAGUGCCUCACCACAGGAUCGGCACAAUGUGAGACAAGAAACGUGUACUUCAUAAAAUCAGACAUGGAAGAGGAAAAAUCAGACCCUGUGUAUUGAAGGGUUUCUUUGGAUCUGUGAAAAGAAUCAAUCCCCAUGGGCUGCUGCUUUACCUUCACACAUUUGUCUUAAAGUCGGAUCACAAUAGGCAGGAAGGAGGCUACAAAAACUGUGGUUUCUCUCCUCUGCCUCAGAUGCAGAGGCAUAUAUGUGAGAGCACUUGGCAUUUCUGCUGGUGACUACUUGCUGCCUGUCUCUGUUUAAUCUCCUUAUGCAACUUCGUUAAGGCAUUGCGAAUGCUCUCAGCUCCUUCCUGGGCUGCUGUUCUUUGGAGUCUGCACGUUCAGUUGUUCACCAAUGGCACUUUCAAAGAUGAUAGAAAGUAGUGUUUAUGUUGACAAAGAUGAUAUAAUACUAUGGUAAUUAUGCAACUUACUUGAUACCGUUGGCAAAAAGAAUAACAAAUGUGCUGACUUCCAAUUCCGAACUCCAUCGUUUACAGUUUCUCAUUUAAUAAUACUUCAUUUGAAAUUUAAAUACUGUGAAGCAGAUUAAAACAAAAAAUAAAAAACAAACAAGCCCUGUAGUAUAUAAGGAUCACACAAAAAUUUGUGAAAGACAAAGACACUGAGGCUUCACAGUUAAGCACAAGUCUGAACUGAAUGUGUUUGUCUUAGAAUCUAAAGAUCAUUUGGGAUAUCAUUACCAAGGUCUACUAUCAAAUAAAUGUUACCUUCUGUCAUAUGA